AUGGAAAAUCACGAUCAUCUGAUUCGGCCCAAGAAACCGUCGAACCCUGUUCUAGAGUCACCGAGGCACCGAGUCCUGCACCGAGAACUUCGAGUCAGCCACAGAUGGGGGCUGUUGCCUGCUGAGAAGUGUGAGCUGCAGAGGGUGAUGGAGCAGAGGAGGCUGGAGCAGCAGCGGGAGAGAGAACAGGCUCAGAGGCCCCUCUCUGAUCUGGACCAGCAACUGAGUAAGAGACGACAGAGAUUACUCGCGUAUGAACUGGAAGAACAGAAGAGACAAGAGGAUCGGCAGAACGUACCAGAAUUUGUGCGUGUGAAGGACAACCUGAGACGUGUCUGCGUGUCGGAAAAUGAAUCCCGAUCGUUUGGACUUCGUUUGCAAUCAUCGUAGAUCCAAUUCGUUUUUUGUAAAGUUCCUUAAUAGCAAUUCAAAUCAGCAGAGUGUCAACUGAGGUGGAAUUUCAUUGAAUUUUAUUAUGAUAAAAAUAACAUGAUCAGACGCACCACAUAACAAAAAAAAAAAAACUUUUGAUAAAAUAACAAGACGGAGGUAUAAUUUGCGGCUCAGUAGUAACAAUUGAGGGUGUUAUUAAUAAUACAGUGCGCCGACAUUAAUUAUCGAUGGUAUACGGUUAUUUCAAAAUUGAAAUAAACAUUUAAAAAAAAAUCCAUGACAGGCAAAUAGAAAAAAUCUUAACGUACACAAUCCUGCCUGCUACAGUAUUUAAGGGACAGAGCUAGAUGAAAUAGAUGUGAUAUUAGUGAAAUGAGCACUCAAUUUGUCUGUUAAUGUAAAAAGAAAGUGUACAGCAGCUGAAAUAUGCAAAUAUACGACUCCAUUUCUGUUUUUAUUUUUUUUUACGCUUCUGAGCACUCCGACACCUCUGUUGUUCCGGUGACAUUUUGCACGAAUGUCUUGCUUAUGGCGUUGGCACAAUCCAAAUAAAUAAUAAAGUCAUCUUAAAUAAAUGUAGCCCAGUUUUUUUGUCCAUUUAGUGUUGCCCCGGUCAGCAUCUGGCUCUGCCAUAUUCACACCUGGAUUUAAAAAAAAACCCUGAAAUAAGUCCACAUAAGCUGCUGGCCGGUCAAGCACGGACCACGAAUAAAUAGAGAACACUGAAGGCAUGUGACAUCAUAAGGGAAGUCAA